CACACCGCACACCAGAGGGCACAUUUGUGGUCCCCGGGGUCCGAGAGGACCGACGAGGAAGAGGAGCCAAGAGCCGCCCGGGGUGGCCAGUGAGUUCUCGCAGCCAUGAACAACGGGAAGGAUAAGGCACCCAGCAAAGAAAAAUCCAAGGUGCCAGUAAGAUUCCAGACACCGUUGUCGACGGAUAAACCAGCCAGCAAAGACAAGUCCAAGGCACCAGCCGGGAUUCUGCCACAGUUGUCCGUGGCGAGUACAAAGCCCCAGUGGCAGCAGACCCCACCUUCAUUCCACUUGAAUAUAAAGCAGGAUGAAGAGAUUCUAGAACCUUUUACUCUCAAAAAUGAGCAAUCUUAUGCUGAAUAUAUUGAACACCUUGGAAAAAAAGGCAAAUUACUAGACCAAACUGAUGAUAGUCAAGCUGGGCCAUCAACUUCUAAAGCAAAGGUCAAAUCGCCACAUAAAGAACGAGAAAAUUUUAGAAGUACUCUUGUUAAUGUUAUUAUGCAACAAGGUGCUGAUUUAGACUUAGAUGACCUUGAUGAAAGCAAACUUUCAAAAAUGACCACUUCUGCCAUAGAGAAAGACAUCUUGAGGUAUUACUAUUAUAUUCACCAUGGAAUUGACACUGACCAUGUAGCCCCAAUGGAAGAUUCUUGGCUGGAACAUGUAUUGAAUUUAGUUCCACAGCAUCUUAAGGUUCUCACUGACAGCAUAAUUGUAUUAUCGGAUGAAAUGAGAGAUGAUUAUCUUCUUAGUGUAAAGAAAUCUAUAGUUGAUUUUGUUCUAAAGGAUCCUAGAGAAAAAGAGGAUGACAAAAAGACAGAUGAACUUCCACCCCAUCGUGCUGAAAUGGAAGUUCUGCCAAAGCCUUGGAGGAGGUCGUUUUUGUCUGCAUACAGUUACAUUAGGGAGCACUUGAAUGCGAUGAACCCCACCAUGCUGGCUGUGCUGGAUCUAUGGCACAGUACAUUUAAAAAAUUACGCUUAAUCGAUAUAGAAGAAUUUCAUAAUCGCCAGGAUUCAUUAGAGCUGUCCACUUUUCAGAACCUUGUCAUGAAACACAUGGAAUCAGCAAAAGAGACUCUACUUAAAACGUGGUUUCCAGAAGUGCAGAAUAUUUAUUACCAAGGUAAUAAAAGAAGGCAAUUGCCAACUAGUGACAACAGUUCCAAAUUGGAAUCUUUUUUCAACUGUGCAGCUACCCUCAUGACUUUACAGCUGCAGGAACUGACUUUGGUCUCCAUGCAAGAUUUCACAGACUUAAUUGCACAGCCCCCAGAAUCUGUGAGAGCUUUUGAGCAUCCUGGUUUUAUCAUGAGGCUGAUUCUUGACAUUGACACCAUUAAGUUUGAACCUGAUUUUAAUGACUAUAUAGAUAUCCUCAUAAAUGUUUAUGAGGUCAUGAUUAAGGCUGUCAGUUUUGUGCCACGAGUUGAAACCAAAUUGUAUUCCAAGUGGGAAAGCAAAUCCAAGCCAACAACCUUGAAGCCCAUAAUUCUGGAUGACAUUGUAAAGGCGCACAAAGAAAAGAUUCAAGAGGUAGUCAUGAAAGAGAGUGCGGGGCCUAUAGAACACCUCAAACUCUAUGACAAGUAUAAUUUUUUAAUUACUAAACAAGCUGAGAAAGAUGUUGAUGCGUUCCUGGCAGAAAAUCAUAAUUAUGAAGCUAUAAUAGAGGAAAUUCGCAAAUACCAACUGUUAGCAGAGGAAAUACAGUUCACGUCUAGAAAGACUGUUCGUUUAGGAAUGUUUGAAAUGCACUGUGAGGAAUUAAUCCGAGCUCUGGUGAAGCGAGCAGAUGUUAUUUGUGGGAGACUUAUUGCUAGAAUGUUCCGGAACCAUCAGGAAGUAAAUACAAGAUUAUGUGAAGAAUUUGAGAGCAUAGCAGAAAAAGCUCUCAGCACUCCACCAAACACAGCAGAACUAAUGGAAAUGAAGGCCUAUAUUCAAAAAGUGGAGACUACUGACAUGAUUGAACUGGGACAGAGAUUAUUGGAUUCUAAAAACUGCCUCGCCUUCCUCAUUGAGUGUGUCAACUUUUCUCCUGCAGACAUCAGACUGAAUAACAGUGUUUUCCAGUGGUAUUCAAGAAUGGGAGAGAUUUUUGAAGAACACAGAAAAAUCAUUAAGGAGAAAACAGAACAAUACCAAGAAGGUCUUAAGUUACGGUGUGACCGGUUUGUGGAAGAGCUGGAGAGUUAUGCAAAACAGUCAGAAGAAUUUUAUACAUUUGGCGAUAUCCAGGAUGUGCCACGGUAUCUGAAAAAAGCCCAGACCCUGAAUGGCAAGUUGGAUAUUGCAGCAGACAAGAUUGAACAGUUUAAUACUGAGGAGGAGGCGUUCGGCUGGGUGCCAUCCGUCUAUCCUCAGCGUAAAAAAAUCCAGGACAGUUUGAACCCCUAUCUUCGUCUCUACGAAACGAUCGUCGAAUUCAGCACCAAACACCGAGCAUGGACCGAAGGUCCGUACCACAAGGUGAAUCCCGACCAAGUGGAAACCGACGUGGGAAACUACUGGCGGGGGCUCUACAAGCUGGAGAAAACCUUCCACGACUCUCCAAACGCUCUGGCGAUGACCAAAAAAGUGCGCGCCAAGGUGGAAGAGUUCAAGCAGUACAUCCCGCUCAUCCAGGUCAUCUGCAACCCGGGGCUGCGCGCCCGUCACUGGGAAGCCAUGUCGGCCAUCGUGGGCUACCCGCUGCUGCCGGCCGACGACUCCACCGUCUUCUCCUUCCUGGACAUGCACCUGGAGCCCUACUUGGACCGCUUUGAGGGCAUCAGUGAGGCAGCCAGCAAAGAAUAUUCUCUCGAAAAGGCCUUGGAGAAGAUGGUUAGCGAAUGGGACUCGAUGGAAUUUGUCAUCCAUCCGUACCGAGAAAGCGGGACGUUUAUUCUGUCCUCCGUGGAUGAAAUCCAGAUGUUGCUGGAUGACCACAUUAUCAAAACACAAACCAUGCGCGGCUCUCCUUUCAUCAAGCCUUAUGAAAAGCAAAUGAGGGAAUGGGAAGCCAAGCUCCUUCUUCUUCAGGAGAUCCUGGAUGAAUGGCUGAAGGUGCAAGCCACGUGGCUGUAUCUGGAGCCCAUCUUCAGCUCUCCAGACAUCAUGUCUCAAAUGCCUGAGGAAGGAAGACGAUUUUCAACUGUGGAUAAAACAUGGAGAGAUAUAAUGAAAACUGUUGUACAAGAUAAGCAUGUUCUGUCUGUUGUAACUAUUGAGAAAAUGCUGGAAAGAAUGAAGAAAUCCAAUGAACUUUUGGAACUCAUUCUUAAAGGACUCAAUGAAUAUUUGGAAAAGAAACGUCUCUUCUUCCCCCGAUUCUUUUUCUUGUCCAAUGAUGAACUUCUCGAGAUCCUAUCUGAAACUAAAGAUCCUACAAGGGUGCAACCUCACUUGAAGAAAUGCUUUGAAGGAAUUGCAAGGGUGGAAUUUACAGAAACAUUAGACAUUACUCAUAUGAAAAGCAGUGAAGGAGAGGUGGUGGAGCUCAUAGAGACCAUUUCAACAGCCAAAGCGAGAGGUCAAGUGGAGAAGUGGUUGGUUGAGCUAGAGAGAAUCAUGAUUAGCUCUAUCCACAAGGUAAUUGGAGAUGCAAUUCUGGCGUAUACAAAAGUUGAACGAAUUAAUUGGGUACGAGAUUGGCCUGGACAGACUGUUCUCUGUGUAUCACAAACCUUUUGGACAAAAGAAGUACAAACAGCUAUUCCAAUGGGGCUAGAUUUUCUUCAUAAAUACUUGGAAAAAUGUAACAAACAAAUCGAUGAUAUUGUCACGUUGGUCCGUGGCAAAUUGUCCAAGCAGAAUCGUGUUACUCUGGGAGCCCUGGUGGUACUAGAUGUCCAUGCUAGAGAUGUCCUGGCUGUACUUGUGAACAAGAACGUCACAGAUGACAAUGACUUUGAGUGGUUAAGUCAGCUUAGGUACUACUGGCAAGAAAACCAGUUACAAACAAAGAUGAUCAAUGCUGGUUUGCGAUACGGGUACGAAUAUCUUGGUAACUCCCCUCGGCUGGUGAUUACUCCGCUCACAGAUCGAUGUUACAGAACCUUAUUUGGAGCCCUUCACCUGCACCUUGGAGGAGCACCUGAGGGUCCAGCUGGCACUGGAAAGACAGAAACUACCAAGGACUUAGCAAAAGCUGUGGCCAAACAAUGUGUUGUUUUCAACUGCUCAGAUGGGUUGGAUUAUUUGGCGUUAGGAAAAUUCUUUAAGGGACUGUUAUCUUGUGGAGCCUGGGCUUGCUUUGAUGAGUUUAACAGAAUUGAUUUGGAAGUACUUUCUGUGGUUGCUCAACAAAUCCUUACUAUCCAAAGAGGUAUUAAUGCAGGUUCUGAUAUACUGGUGUUUGAAGGAACUGAGCUAAAGCUGGACCCCACGUGUGCUGUCUUUAUCACAAUGAACCCUGGGUAUGCUGGGCGGUCAGAACUUCCAGAUAAUCUGAAGGCUCUCUUUCGGACAGUAGCAAUGAUGGUCCCUGACUACGCCAUGAUAGCGGAAAUAGUCCUGUACUCCUGUGGGUUUGUCACUGCUCGGCCAUUGUCAGUGAAAAUUGUGGCUACGUAUCGCUUGUGUUCGGAGCAGCUUUCAUCUCAGCAUCACUAUGACUAUGGGAUGCGGGCUGUGAAAUCUGUGCUCACUGCAGCUGGAAACUUAAAGCUGAAAUAUCCAAAUGAAAAUGAAGAAAUUUUGUUGUUCAGAUCUAUUAUUGAUGUAAAUCUGCCAAAAUUUUUGUCCCAUGAUUUACCACUCUUUGAGGGAAUUACUUCGGAUUUGUUUCCUGGGGUGAAACUACCAAAACCAGAUUACAAUGAUUUGCUGGCAGCUAUAAAAGACAAUUGUGCAGCUAUGAAUUUGCAAAUGACCAAAUUCUUUUCUGAGAAGAUUCUUCAAAUCUAUGAAAUGAUGAUUGUGCGCCAUGGUUUUAUGAUUGUUGGAGAGCCAUUUGGAGGAAAAACAAGUGCAUAUCGUGUGUUAGCUGGAGCACUAAAUGAUAUAUGUGAAAAGGGGCUAAUGGAGGAAAACAAGGUUCAAAUAACUGUUCUAAACCCCAAGUCUGUCACAAUGGGCCAGCUGUAUGGCCAGUUUGAUUUGGUGUCCCACGAGUGGUCCGAUGGGGUCCUUGCUGUCAGUUUUAGAGCAUUUGCCUCAUCUGCGACUCCAGAUAGGAAGUGGCUAAUUUUUGAUGGACCAGUGGAUGCUGUGUGGAUUGAAAAUAUGAAUACUGUGCUAGAUGACAACAAAAAGCUGUGUCUGAUGAGCGGGGAAAUUAUCCAAAUGUCACCACAAAUGAAUCUGAUUUUUGAACCAAUGGAUUUAGAAGUUGCUUCCCCUGCCACCGUGUCCAGAUGUGGCAUGAUCUACAUGGAGCCUCACAUGCUAGGCUGGAGGCCACUGAUGCUGUCCUGGAUCAAUGUCCUACCUGCUUCAGUCAAUGCUAUGCAAAAGGAGUUUAUAGUGGGCUUAUUUGACAGAAUGGUUCCUCUUUCUGUGGAAUUCAUUAGAAGGCAUACAAAGGAAUUAUCUCCUACUUCGGAUACAAACUUGGUCCGAUCCCUAAUGAAUCUGAUAGAUUGUUUUAUGGAUGACUUUGCUGAUGAAGCCAAACAAAAAGACCGAAAUGACCGAGAAGCAUACUCUUUGCUAGAGGGCAUUUUUCUGUUUUCAUUGAUCUGGUCCGUUGGCGCCUCUUGUACGGAUGAGGACCGGGUGAAAUUUAGUAGGAUUCUUCGAGAACUAAUGGAAGGUCCAAUUUCAGACCUUACUCGAAAUAGAUUUAAAUUACAAAGUGGUACAGAAAAUACAUCCACAAAGAAAUUAACUGUCCCAUUUCCUGAUAAAGGAACAAUUUAUGACUACCAGUUUAUCAGUGAGGGACUAGGAAAAUGGGAACCCUGGAUAAAGAAGCUGGAAGAGGCUCCACCAAUUCCCAGAGAUGUGCUAUUUAAUGAGAUUAUUGUGCCAACUCUCGACACAAUCCGGUAUUCUGUAUUAAUGAACCUUUUGACCACACAUCAAAAGCCUUCAAUAUUUGUAGGACCAACAGGAACUGGAAAGAGUGUUUAUAUCAUUAAUUUUCUUUUGAAUCAAAUCCAUAAGGAAAUCUACAAACCUCUCAUAGUAAACUUCUCAGCACAAACUACAGCAGCUCAAACUCAGAAUAUUAUCAUGUCAAAAUUGGACAAAAGAAGAAAGGGAGUUUUUGGUCCUCCUUUGGGCAAGAGAAUGGUAGUCUUUGUAGAUGAUGUCAAUAUGCCUGCUCGAGAAGUCUAUGGGGCCCAGCCUCCCAUUGAGUUACUUAGACAAUGGUUAGAUCACUGGAACUGGUAUGAUCUCAAAGAUUGUUCUAUGAUCAAACUAGUGGACAUUCAGAUCAUGUGUGCUAUGGGACCUCCAGGUGGUGGUCGAAAUCCAGUAACUCCUCGAUAUAUGAGACAUUUCAAUAUUAUAACAAUCAAUGAGUUUAGUGAUAAAUCCAUGUUUACAAUCUUCUCUAGAAUCUUAACCUGGCAUUUAAAAAUCUGUUAUAAAUUUCCAGAAGAUUUUCUAGAUCUGACCACACAAAUUGUAAAUGGCACCAUGAUUUUGUAUAAAGAUGCAAUGAAGAAUCUCUUGCCUACUCCAGCCAAAUCUCACUAUCUGUUCAAUCUUCGUGACUUCUCACGUGUCAUUCAAGGUAUUUGCUUGUCAAGACCAGAAACAGCAGAAAAUAAAGAAGUGAUAAAACGUCUUUGGGUUCAUGAGGUCCUGAGGGUUUACUAUGACCGCCUUCUGGAUAAUGCAGACCGAAGUUGGCUUGUUAACUACAUACAAGAUGUUCUGAAGAACUAUAUGUAUGAAGAUUUUCAUGAGCUUUUUAAAAGUUUAGAUUUUGAUGCUGAUGGAGUGGUGGAAGAAGAUGACCUAAGAAGCCUGAUGUUUUGUGAUUUCCAUGAUCCCAAGAGGGAAGAUAUCAGCUACCGAGAAGUAAAAAAUGUGGAUGCUCUUCGAGUAAUAGUAGAGUCUCACCUGGAGGAGUACAACAACAUGAGCAAAAAGCCCAUGAACCUUGUCCUAUUCCGAUUUGCCAUAGAACACAUCAGCAGAAUUUCUAGGAUCUUGAAACAGCCCAGAAGCCAUGCCCUCCUGGUUGGAGUUGGGGGCAGUGGAAGGCAGUCUGUUACCAGAUUAGCAGCCCACAUGGCUGAUUACUCAGUUUUUCAGGUUGAAAUCUCCAAGGGCUAUGGUACCAAUGAGUGGCGUGAAGACUUAAAAGUGAUCUUAAGAAAAUGUGCUGAAAGUGACAUGCAUGGUAUCUUCCUAUUUACAGAUACUCAGAUUAAAAGAGAAUCAUUCCUAGAAGAUGUCAACAAUCUGCUAAAUGCUGGGGAGGUCCCAAAUCUCUUUGCAUUAGAUGAGAAGCAAGAUAUCUGUGAGAAGAUGCGUCAGUUAGAUCGCCAGCGAGAUAAAACUAAACAAACAGAUGGGAGCCCCAUAGCUCUUUUCAAUAUGUUCAUUGAACGUUGUCGCAACCAACUGCAUGUGGUUCUUGCCAUGAGUCCCAUUGGGGAUGCAUUUAGGAAUCGGCUUAGAAAGUUCCCUGCUCUUGUUAACUGCUGCACCAUUGACUGGUUUCAGUCAUGGCCUGAAGAUGCUUUGGAGGCAGUGGCCUCACGAUUCUUAGAAGAAAUCGAAAUGUCCGAGGAAAUUCGAGAAGGCUGCAUCGACAUGUGUAAAAGCUUCCACACAUCCACCAUCAAUUUAUCAGCAUCCUUCCAUUCUGAACUUCAAAGAUACAAUUAUGUGACCCCCACCUCUUAUCUUGAACUGAUCUCCACCUUCAAAGUACUGUUAGAAAAGAAGAGAAGCGAGGUGAUGAAGAUGAAGAAGAGGUACGAGGUGGGUUUGGAUAAGCUGGAUUCUGCCUCAUCUCAGGUAGCCACGAUGCAGCUGGAGUUGGAGGCCCUGCAUCCUCAAUUAAAAGUCGCCAGCAAAGAGGUUGAUGAAAUGAUGGUAAUUAUCGAGAAGGAGUCGGUGGAGGUUGCCAAAACUGAAAAAGUAGUGAAAGCCGAUGAAACAGUGGCGAACGAGCAAGCCAUGGCUGCCAAAGCGAUCAAAGACGAGUGUGAUGCUGACCUGGCCGGGGCCUUGCCAAUCCUGGAGUCUGCGCUGUCUGCGCUGGAUACCCUGACUGCCCAGGAUAUCACAGUGGUCAAAUCCAUGAAGAGCCCCCCAGCUGGUGUUAAGCUUGUCAUGGAAGCCAUAUGUAUCUUGAAAGGCAUCAAGGCAGACAAAAUCCCUGACCCAACAGGUUCAGGAAAAAAGAUGGAAGAUUUUUGGGGCCCAGCCAAGAGACUUCUUGGGGACAUAAGGUUUCUACAGUCGCUUCAUGAGUAUGACAAAGACAAUAUUCCUCCAGCUUACAUGAAUAUCAUAAGAAAAAACUACAUUCCAAAUCCAGAUUUUGUUCCUGAGAAGAUCAGAAAUGCAUCCACUGCUGCCGAAGGCCUGUGCAAAUGGGUCAUAGCAAUGGAUUCCUACGAUAAAGUGGCAAAAAUAGUAGCUCCCAAGAAGAUAAAACUAGCUGCAGCCGAAGGGGAGCUCAAAAUUGCCAUGGACGGUCUCAGAAAGAAGCAAGCAGCCCUUAAAGAAGUUCAGGACAAACUGGCCAGGCUUCAAGACACACUCGAGUUAAAUAAGCAAAAGAAAGCUGACUUGGAAAACCAGGUUGACUUGUGCAGCAAAAAACUGGAAAGAGCUGAGCAGUUGAUUGGAGGCUUGGGAGGUGAGAAGACUCGGUGGAGUCACUCAGCUCUGGAGCUUGGGCAGUUGUACAUCAACCUGACAGGUGACAUCCUCAUUUCCUCUGGAGUCGUUGCUUACUUGGGAGCCUUCACAUCCAGCUACAGACAGAACCAAACCAAAGAAUGGACAAGUUUGUGCAAAGGAAGAGACAUCCCCUGCUCAGAUGAUUAUUCUCUUAUGGGUACCCUGGGAGAAGCUGUGACAAUUCGAGCUUGGAAUAUUGCUGGAUUACCUUCUGACUCAUUUUCCAUUGAUAAUGGAAUCAUCAUAAUGAAUGCAAGAAGGUGGCCUCUAAUGAUAGAUCCUCAAGGUCAGGCUAAUAAGUGGAUCAAGAACAUGGAGAAAACCAAUAGUCUUCAGCUAAUUAAAUUUAGUGACCCUGACUAUGUCAGGACUCUGGAAAACUGCAUUCAGUUUGGUACUCCUGUACUGCUAGAAAAUGUUGCUGAAGAACUAGAUCCUAUUUUGGAACCUCUUCUACUGAAGCAGACUUUUAAGCAUAGUGGAAGUUUGUGUAUCCGACUCGGGGACUCCACAAUUGAAUACUCUCCUGACUUCCGCUUCUAUAUCACUACGAAGCUGCGAAACCCUCAUUAUCUUCCUGAAACCUCAGUGAAGGUAACAUUGUUGAACUUCAUGAUAACUCCAGAGGGAAUGCAAGACCAGCUCUUAGGAAUAGUGGUGGCACGAGAAAGGCCAGACCUUGAAGAAGAAAAGCAAGCCUUGAUACUACAAGGAGCAGAAAACAAAAGGCAGUUAAAAGAAAUAGAAGACAAGAUUUUAGAAGUUCUUUCAUCUUCAGAAGGCAAUAUAUUAGAAGAUGAAACUGCUCUUAAGAUAUUAUCUUCCUCUAAGGCCUUGGCUAAUGAGAUUUCUCAAAAGCAGGAAGUGGCGGAAGAAACAGAGAAAAAGAUCGAUACCACCCGCAUGGGCUACCGGCCCAUUGCCAUCCAUUCCUCCAUCCUGUUUUUUUCUAUUGCUGAUUUAGCCAACAUUGAGCCUAUGUAUCAGUAUUCACUAGUCUGGUUUAUUAACCUAUUUAUCCUAUCCAUUGAAAAUUCAGAGAAAUCAGAGGUGUUACAAAAUAGGCUUCAGAUUCUCAAAGACCACUUUACUUACUCACUGUAUGUGAAUAUCUGCCGGUCACUCUUUGAAAAGGACAAGCUGCUCUUCUCCUUCUGCCUCACUGUGAAUCUGCUGAUCCAUGACAAUGCGAUUAAUAAAGCUGAAUGGCGAUUUCUGCUCACUGGAGGAAUUGGGCUAGAUAAUCCUUAUACCAACCCUUGUACGUGGCUUCCUCAGAAGUCCUGGGAUGAGAUAUGCCGCUUAGAUGACUUGCCUUCCUUCAGGAGCAUUCGCAAGGACUUUGUGCGCUUAAAGGAUGGGUGGAAAAUUGUGUAUGAUAGUUUGGAUCCACACCAUGAGUUAUUCCCUGAGGAAUGGGAAGAUAAAGCAGAUGAGUUUCAAAGGAUGCUCAUCAUUCGUUGCUUAAGGCCAGACAAGGUCAUUCCAAUGCUGCAAGAAUAUAUAAUCAGCAAAUUGGGGCGUGCAUUUAUUGAGCCACCUCCGUUUGAUUUAUCCAAGGCAUUUGGAGACAGUAACUGUUGUGCACCACUGAUUUUCAUCCUCUCUCCUGGAGCAGAUCCCAUGGCUGCCCUUCUAAAAUUUUCUGACGACCAGGGAUAUGGAGGCUCAAAACUUAGCUCUUUAUCUCUUGGUCAAGGCCAAGGGCCUAUUGCUAUGAAGAUGGUAGAAAAAGCUGUCAAAGAAGGAACAUGGGUGGUUCUUCAGAACUGCCACCUUGCCACCUCUUGGAUGCCAACCCUGGAGAAAGUCUGUGAGGAGUUAAGCCCAGAAACAACACAUCCUGAUUUCCGACUUUGGCUGACAAGUUACCCAUCUCCAAAUUUCCCCGUGUCCGUACUGCAGAAUGGCGUGAAAAUGACCAAUGAAGCACCAAAAGGUUUACGGGCUAAUAUCAUCCGAUCAUACCUCAUGGACCCGAUCUCUGACCCUGAGUUCUUUGGCAGCUGCAAAAAGCCUGAGGAAUUUAAGAAGUUGCUUUAUGGCCUCUGUUUCUUUCAUGCUUUAGUACAAGAGAGACGGAAAUUUGGACCACUGGGAUGGAAUAUUCCUUAUGAAUUCAAUGAGACUGAUCUGAGAAUCAGUGUACAACAGCUCCACAUGUUCCUGAACCAGUAUGAGGAAUUGCCGUAUGAUGCCCUGAGGUACAUGACUGGCGAAUGCAACUAUGGGGGCCGGGUGACGGAUGACUGGGAUAGGCGCACCCUGCGCAGUAUUCUGAACAAAUUCUUCAAUACAGAACUUGUCCAAAAUCCAGACUACAAAUUUGACUCAAGUGGAAUCUAUUUUGUCCCUCCUUCUGGAGAUCACAAAAGCUACAUUGAAUACACGAAGACUCUGCCAUUGACCCCAUUACCAGAAAUCUUUGGGAUGAAUGCCAAUGCAGAUAUCACUAAAGAUCAGUCAGAAACUCAACUGCUGUUUGAUAACAUUCUUCUUACACAGUCCCGAUCAUCAGGAGCUGGUGCAAAGUCAUCCGAUGAAGUAGUAAAUGAGGUCGCCAGUGACAUCUUGGGCAAACUUCCAAACAACUUCGAUGUUGAGGCUGCAAUGAGGAGAUACCCAACAACUUACACCCAGAGCAUGAACACUGUGUUGGUCCAGGAGAUGGGUCGAUUCAACAAAUUGCUGAAGACCAUAAGAGACUCAUGUAUUAAUAUCCAAAAAGCAAUCAAGGGGCUUGUGGUGAUGUCUUCAGAGCUUGAAGAAGUGGUGAGCAGCAUUCUGAAUGUCAAGAUUCCAGGAAUGUGGAUGGGUAAAUCCUACCCAAGUCUUAAACCACUUGGCAGCUACGUGAAUGACUUCCUCGCAAGACUAAAAUUCUUGCAGCAAUGGUAUGAAACCGGCCCUCCUGCAGUCUUCUGGCUCUCUGGCUUCUUCUUCACACAAGCCUUCUUGACUGGUGCCCAGCAGAAUUACGCCAGGAAACACACAAUUCCCAUCGAUCUUCUUGGCUUUGAUUAUGAAGUAAUGGAAGACAAAGAGUACAAGACUGCCCCUGACGAUGGAGUUUAUAUUCAUGGAUUAUUUCUCGAUGGGGCUUCCUGGAACAGGAAAACAAAGAAACUUGCAGAAUCAUACCCCAAAGUUCUUUAUGACACAGUGCCUGUGAUGUGGCUAAAGCCCUGUAAGAGGACGGAUAUAACAAAACGCCCAAGUUACAUUGCUCCGUUAUAUAAGACGAGUGAGCGGAGAGGAACGCUAUCCACGACAGGCCAUUCCACGAAUUUUGUGAUUGCUAUGAUUCUUCCCUCUGACCAACCAAAGGAGCAUUGGAUUGGAAGGGGCGUAGCACUAUUAUGUCAACUGAACUCAUAA